UUGCAUCAGGGAUGCACGUCGUCGUCUUUUUCUUCACAUGUUCAAGAAACUUUGUUGAUUUUGCUAACAUUCUUGACAUUCUGAACAGCUAAAGCAGGUUGAUAACAUUUCUCGUCAUCCAUGGCUGAUGUAAGCAGCGAGGUACGGCGUAAGGGCACUGCCAAGGUCCGGGCUCUACAAGAGAUUGAGAGAACCGUCCGGGAACGAUGGGAUCGGGAGAAGAUCUUUGAGGAGGAUGCACCGAGCGGGGUCAAAGGUCCUGGGAAAGAUAAAUACAUGGUGACCUUCCCAUAUCCUUAUAUGAACGGCAGGCUUCAUUUGGGCCACACGUUCUCAUUGUCUAAGUGUGAGUUUUCUGUUGCGUACCAGCGUCUGAAGGGAAAGCGAUGUCUGUUCCCGUUUGCCUUCCAUUGUACUGGCAUGCCAAUCAAGGCUUGCGCUGACAAGUUGAAGAGAGAGAUGUCCGAGUUUGGUUGUCCUCCGAUCUUCCCUAAGGAGAUUGAGGGUGAAGAUGAGAUCGACAAGAAGGCAUCACAACAAGAGAGUGACAUCAUCAUCAAGGACAAGUCCAAAGGAAAAAAGAGCAAACUAUUAGCUAAGACCGGCCCAGCCAAGUUUCAGUGGCAGAUCAUGCAGUCCCUGGAUAUACCAGAAGAGGAGAUCCCCCUGUUUGCUCACACUGACCACUGGCUGGAAUACUUCCCACCAUUGGCCAAGAAGGAUCUGCACAUGAUGGGACUCAAGACUGACUGGAGACGUAGCUUCAUCACAACCGACGCAAACCCCUACUAUGAUUCCUUCGUGCGGUGGCAUUUCCUAACCCUAAAGAAAGCCGGCAAGGUGAAGUUUGGCAAACGCAACACCAUCUACUCCCCGAAGGACGGACAGCCGUGUAUGGAUCACGACAGACAAUCCGGAGAGGGAGUUGGACCUCAGGAAUACACUCUGAUUAAGAUGAAGGCAAUCAAACCAUACCCUGAAAGACUCAAGAAACUAUCAAGUAAAAGCAUCUUCUUGGUGGCUGCAACCCUGAGGCCUGAAACCAUGUACGGUCAGACCAACUGCUGGGUUCGACCAGACAUGAAAUACAUUGCAUAUGAAACCAAGCAAGGAGAAGUGUUUAUCAGUACACACCGAGCGGCAAGGAAUAUGUCUUACCAAGGCAUCCUGAAGGAAGAGGGGAAGGUGACUGUCUUGGUAGAUCUCGUUGGCCAGGAUAUAAUGGGAAUGGGACUGAGUGCUCCUUUAACCUCUUAUAAAGUGAUCUACACUCUGCCGAUGUUGACCAUCAAGGAAGGGAAAGGGUCAGGGGUCGUCACCAGCGUCCCGUCAGACUCGCCAGACGAUUAUGCCGCCCUCAGGGAUCUCAAGAACAAGAAGGAGUUCCGUGCCAAGUAUGGACUGAAGGACGAGGCAGUUUUGCCCUUUGACCCCAUCCCGAUCAUCGACAUCCCCGGUAUGGGUAGCCUAGCUGCCGUCAAAGCUUGCGACGAUCUGAAGAUUAAGAGUCAGAACGAUAAGGACAAGCUGGCGGAGGCCAAGGAGAUGGUUUACCUCAAAGGUUUUUAUGAAGGGGUCAUGAUUGUGGAAGAAGUCAAAGGUCAGAAGGUUCAAGACGUCAAGAAGGUCGUCCAGAAGAAGAUGCUUGACAAAGGAGAAGCUUUGAUGUACCUUGAACCCGAGAAGAAGAUAAUGUCUCGCUCUGGGGACGAGUGCGUGGUGGCUCUGUGUGACCAGUGGUAUUUGGACUAUGGAGAGGAGGUCUGGAAGAAACAGACGACCACAGCCAUGGAGAAAAUGGAGCUGUACUCUGAGGAUACCAGAAGGAAUUUCCUAGCAACGUUUGAUUGGCUGCAUGAGCAUGCAUGUUCACGAUCCUAUGGACUGGGUACUAAGAUGCCUUGGGAUGAGAAGUACUUGAUUGAAUCUUUAUCUGAUUCUACUAUCUACAUGGCUUAUUACACGGUCGCUCAUCUACUACAAGAUGGUGUCUUUGAUGGGUCCGGUACCAGCCCGCUUGCAAUCAAACCAGAGCAUUUAACUCCUGAAGUUUGGGACUACAUCUUCCACUCCAAAUCCCAUUUCCCCAAAUCAUCAAAGAUUCCACGUCCCUCCCUGGACAAGCUUCGGCAAGAGUUCCAAUACUGGUACGGAGUGAACCUGCGGGUAUCCGGCAAAGACCUGGUUCCCAACCACCUGACGUACUUCUUGUAUAACCACUGCGCUGUCUGGCCCAAGGAGCCAGAGCGCUGGCCGGCAGCGAUCCGGACUAACGGCCAUCUGAUGCUGAACAAUGAAAAGAUGUCCAAGUCAACGGGGAACUUCCUGACGCUAGCUGGUGCUUUGGAGAAAUUCUCUGCCGAUGGUAUGCGUCUAGCGCUCGCCGACGCAGGAGAUCAAGCAGUAGAAGAUGCUAACUUCAUCGAGUCUCUGGCUGACGCCGGCAUUCUCCGUCUUUACACCUUCUUAGAGUGGACCAAGGAGAUGCUCACGGAGGAGGCUGGUCUCCGUAAGGGACCCAAAGACAGCUUCCAUGACCGGGUGUUCACCAGCGAGAUAAAUUACGGGAUUAUGGAAGCGGAGAAAGCGUAUGAGAAGAUGAUGUUUAAGGAGGCGCUGAGGAUCGGAUUCUUUGAGUUUCAGGCUGCCAGAGACAGGUAUCGAGAGCGAGCGACUGACGGGAUGCACCAUGAUCUGGUUAUGAAAUUCAUUGAAUGUCAAACUCUCUUGCUUGCUCCCAUCUGUCCAUUUCUCUGCGAUCAUAUAUGGGGGCUGCUCAAGCAUAAAGAGUCGAUCAUGAAGGCUAGAUGGCCAAAAGCGGGCAAAGUCGACAAUAAACUGCUAAGGUCGUCUGAGUAUCUGAUGAACUCAGCCCACGAAUUCCGUCUACGCUUCAAGAAUUUCAUGGUGCCUCCCAAGGGAAAGAAAGGUGCAGCCCCACCAGCCAGACCUACCCACGGCACUCUCUAUGUGGCCAAGACAUACCCCCCAUGGCAACAUGCUGUACUCUCAACUCUCAAGAAACUGUAUGAUAGUAACUCCAGCAGCUUUCCAGAGAAUAAGGAGAUUCUUGCCCAGCUCAAAUCCAACGAGCUCCUUAAGAAGUUCAUGAAGAAGGUCAUGCCCUUUGUACAACACGUCAAGGAAAACGUGGCAAAAUCAGGAGCUAGGGCGAUGGAUUUGACAAUGGAAUUUGAUGAGAAAGUCGUGUUGGAGACGAACCUUGCGUAUCUGACUAGCACUCUUGAGCUUGAGGGUCUAGAGGUCAAGUUUAGCGCAGAAGCAACCGAGAAGAUUCAAGAGGAAUGCUGUCCAGGGAAGCCUUUCUCUCUGUUCAGGACAGAGCCGAGUGUGACGAUCAAGCUGGUGAACCCCCAACCACACAGCGGCCAUUUCUCCCUGGAUGUUCCUAUAAUGCAAGGAGAUACUGUCGUCAAAGUCGCUAGUCGUAUUGUCAAACAAGAUAAAGGAAUCAAAGACGUCAACAGGGUGAAGAUCCUUCGGUACACAGAUCCAGAGCUGGGACCAAGAAAAGUUCCCAAGUUCCAGCAAUUCACAGACGGAAAGACAAGUAUAGCUGCAAACGCUACUUUCAGUAUUUCUCUCGACACCAAACGAGUAUCGGUGUCGGAAAACGGCAAGAGUGCGGAUGCUGGAGUUGCGUUGGUCUAUAUGGUGGAGUAAAUCAUGUACAUUUAUUCAGCAUUUUCAAAGUAACAUGGAGAGAUUCAGCCUGCAAGGUUUACGAAGAGUCUGAAUUCUUGGCUCAAUUUGUCAAGUUUAAGGCACUAUCAGUAAUUUCUCAAAAUAAUUAUUAGCAUAAAACCUUACUUGGUUGCGAGUAAUGGGGAGAG